AUGACCAGGCAAAUCACAGUUAUUGGCGCCACAGGCAUCCAAGGGGGGUCUGUCAUUAGAGCCCUGUUGAAAGACACCACCUACUCGCUGACAGCCAUCACACGAAAUAAAUCAAGCGACAUGGCGAAAAAACUUGCCUCAGAUGGCGUUCGUAUCAUUGAGGCUGAUCUCGAUGAUGUCGCCUCCCUCCAGGUUGCGUUUGCUGGCACGUCCAUCAUUUUUGCCUCCACCAAUUUCUUUGAGCUGUUCGUCAAGCGCGGUAACGAAGAAGCCAUCGAAAUUGAGACAAGACAAGGCAUCAACAUUGCCAAAGCUGCAGCUGCGACACCAACCCUAGAGCACUUUGUCUGGUCGACUCUUCCCGAUGCUGGCCGCAUCAGCGGUGGCCAGUUUGCUGUCCCUCAUUUCGUGAGCAAGAACAGGGUCAACGACUUUAUUAAAGCGGACUCGGCGCUCCUCCAACUGACGACAUUCCUCUGGGUCUCCACUUACGCUUCAAAUAUGAACUACCCAUUCUAUCAACCGUUUCCGAUUCCAACAGCCGGGAAACCCCGGUACAUCCAGAUCCAACCAACUCCAGCAUCUGUGCAAUUCCCGCUUGUUGGCGAUGCAACUGUAAAUAUUGGACUCUUCGUGCGUGCAAUCAUCGAGCAACCUGGCAAGACUCUUGGCGGCAAAUUUGUCUACGGCGUCACCGACAUUAUGACGGCUGGAGAGAUGCUUGCGACGUGGGCAUCGGCACAUGGCGUUGAAGCAGAGUACGUGCAGGUAGACAAAGAGACAUAUUAUAACCUGUGGCCGCAAUGGGGUAGAGCGAUGGUCAAGAUGCAUGAGUACCUUGAGUGGGCUAAGGAGAGUAGUUUCUCAGGCGAAGACGUUGUCCUCUCCAAGGAAGACCUUGGCAUUAUUGGGCUUAGGGACACGCGAACUGCGUUUGCUAAGAUGAAUUAA